AACAUGAAGUACUAGUAUGAAGUUUUGAUUAUUACUAGCAAGGAAGGAGACGCCUUCAACGGCAGAUAAAAACAAUUCCCGCCGCGCCACCACACUCUCAAACCGUAAUCUCCCGGCCAGUUUUGCCACCAACACACCGCAAUUCCGCUGCAAAAUCUGCUCAAUUGAGCUUCAAGAGCUAUCGUUUCCCUCCGAUCGCGCUUUAGAAUCGGCGGUGGCGGAGAAUGAAGAUCAAAGGAAGUAAAGUCGCCGGAGGAAGCUGGACUACCCUAGGCCUGCCCUUAAUUUUCCUGUUGUGCCUCUUCUUCUUCCUCGCCGGUUUCUUCGGCGCAUCUCUUUUCUCCCAGCAGGAGAGUCCUACUGGUAAUUUGCGGCCGCGGACGAGGGAAUUGGUGGAGGAGAUGAUAGAACUGAAGGGGUUGCCACAUGGAGAUUCCGGCAGGGAGUCUGUGGAGACGAUCCCCUUUCAGAUUCUGAGCUGGAAGCCUCGGGCAUUAUACUUUCCGAACUUUGCUACUGCAGAACAAUGCCAAAGCAUUGUCAAAAUGGCGAAAGUAAAUCUCAGACCAUCAACUUUAGCUUUACGCCAGGGAGAAACAGCAGAUAAUACGAAAGGAAUCAGGACAAGUUCUGGGAUGUUUAUUAGUGCUUAUGAAGACAAAACUGGAACCCUGGAUCAAAUUGAGGAAAAAAUUGCUAGAGCAACAAUGAUCCCCAGGAAACAUGGAGAGUCCUUCAAUGUCUUGCGUUAUGAGAUUGGGCAGAGAUACCAGUCACAUUAUGAUGCGUUCAAUCCAGCUGAAUAUGGCCCUCAAAAGAGCCAGCGGGUGGCUUCUUUUCUGUUGUAUUUAUCUGAUGUUGAAGAAGGCGGUGAAACCAUGUUCCCUUUAGAGAAUGGGAAAAACAUUGAUAGCAAUUACGAUUUUGGGAAAUGUCUUGGUCUAAAAGUGAAGCCACAAAGAGGAGAUGGGCUUCUAUUCUACUCCCUGUUUCCAAAUGGCACAAUUGAUCCUGUGAGUGGCUUGCUACAAGUUGUCAUCCUUAUAACGUCUCAAGUUUUCUUGUUUGCUUCUUUCUUUCUAUAUAAUUCAAAUUUUGACAUUUGUUUCAUUUGAUAGCACUAAGGCAAAUGUUGAAACUUGAAGGAACAUAAGCAACUAGGUAAAACUUGAUAUGGUAUCUGUCAGAGUUCAUAGGUUGUCAUCAUUCUAGUGAGUUGUUUUCAGUUAACCCAGAAACCUAUAUUAGCACACUAUAGUGACUGAAGUUGAUGCUAGAAAUGAGUUCCAUUGUCGAUAUGGGUUGACAAGAGAUGCACGGUUGAUUUAGAGUGGAAGAGAUAGGAAAAAAAAAAUAGUAGAAAGACAGUAGAAGGGAGAGGAGACGGGGAAGUGCAGGAGGAUCGUGCAUCUUUGGUAGUUGAGUUCGCACACUUACAGAAUGCUUUACUUGUUGCUUACGACGAGAUAUGUGACUGUUGAUGGCAGGCAUCACUCCACGGGAGCUGUCCAGUGAUCAAAGGUGAGAAAUGGGUAGCUACAAAAUGGAUUAGGGAUCAAGAGCAGGACGAAGAGCUUUGAAAUUGGAAACUCAAUUGGCAUCCAUUUUUUGCCAAGACUUCAACUUCACCACAAUUUUUGUGUUGUAUAGAAGCACUUACCUUUUUAAUCACUACAUACUAGCAUUAUGCAUUAUUCUAACUACAAUGUAUGAGACUGGCAUUAGUAUUUAAGAGCAAUUUGCACCA